UAAAUUUACAGAAUAAGGAUGUUUAUUGUCACUUCUAAUAGCUUUAUUCGAACCUCGGUGCGUGUCCACUUGCGGUUCAGUUGUUGGUGACAAUCUGACCAGUGAUAGUAAAAAGGUUUUAUAAUAUAAAAAAAAAUUGACAGAGAACUAUUCCCGCCAAUUCUUUUUGUAACAAUGUUCCUUUUAUCUGUGGUGUGUUUGUUUAUGGUAAUUCAAUUUGGCUCAGCAAUAAGAUGCUACGAUUGCAACAGCGCCAACAACUCAAUGUGCCUCGACCCAACUAUUUACGACGUUGAAAGCGUGCAAAAGUACCUCAAAACCACGACCUGCGAUAAGAAGAUCAUGGCCGGCCAGCAGGGGAACGGCAAAAUGUUCUGCAGGAAGAUUAUACAGACUAUUCUUCACAAGGGCCAUGACGCCGAGGUCCGCGUGACCCGCGGCUGCGGCUGGGUGAAGCACCACCGGGACUGCUAUAAGGCUGACAAUGAAGACCACCUCGAAACUGUCUGUCAGUGCUUCACUGAUGACUGUAAUUCAGCGGCGAUCCUCGGCGCGACGCUGUUACCUCUCACUGUGCUUGUAAUGUUCAUGCAAUAAAUUGUUUUG